AUGUCCAGUAAAUAUCAUCAAUCCGCCCAAUUAACUGCGCAAAACCAGCUAGUACAAUGGAUAAACGAAGCAGGAAUGUCAGAAGGCAACAAAAAGGCGAAUUUGUUAAGAAAAAUCGUGGAAGUUAUGAUACAUCAAGCACCACAAACAAUACCCCUUUACAUGGAGAAUGUUUUAAGUUUUGUUAGUGACAAAUCGACGGAAGUCAAAAAACAAGUUAUUGCUUUUAUUGAGGAAUUGAGCAAAAAAUAUCCAGAGCAUUUGCCAAAAAUCAUUGCACAAUUACAGCUACUUGUAAUAGAUACAGUGAUAGCUGUGCAAAAACGUGCAAUACAGGCAGCCAGUAUAGUAUAUCGCAAUGUCCUAAUAUGGCUGUGUAGAAGCCAAACGGAGGUGGCAGAAAUGCAAUAUGUUUGGGAGCAUCUAACAAAGUUAAAGUUGCUGAUAUUGAACAUGAUCGACAGUGAAAAUGAAGGAAUCCGGACCCACUCAAUAAAGUUCUUGGAAGAAGUGGUCCUACUGCAAAGCUCAAGUGAGGGGUCAGAUGAAGAAUUCUGUCUGGAUAGUAUACCUACCCAUUUGCCUUUUUUGAAAAGGCGAACACUUGAAGAAGAAUCUGAGCACAUCUUCGAGCUGCUGGUGAAGUUCCACAACUCUCAGCAUAUAUCCAGCGUCAAUUUGAUGGCGUGCAUGACGACGCUGUGCCUCCUGGCGAAAUUCCGCCCCAAGUAUAUGCCCCGCGUGAUACAAGCGUUGGGCGAUCUCCACACCACACUGCCGCCCACGCUCUCCCAGUCUCAGGUCAACUCCGUACGGAAACACCUCAAGAUGCUCGUGCUGAACCUGAUAAAGCAUCCAUCCUCGAACGACAUGAUGCCGCACCUAACCCAGCUGCUGUCCGACAUCGGAAUGACCGCGCAGGAGAUCCACAAGGCCGUGCCAAAAGAGAAGAGGAACAAGCGCCUGAACGAGAUAAGGGGCGACGACGGCCCGGCGAAGAGGUUCAGGAUCGACUCCCCGCAGAGCAACAGCCAGGGUAGCGAUAGCAACAGCCGCGGUGAGUUCGUGUACGACGACGAGAACAGCCAGCACAGCGUGACGAAGCCGACGCCCACCGAAGACUCGAUAUACGAGGGGCUGAACAGCGUAGAGAACGUCAUCGGCCUAGUGACCACAACCCUCGUCAACCACCUGCCGAACAGCAUGCCCGGUGGCUUCGCGGCGGCAUACAAACCCAUCCCCAACUCGGGCACCAACACCCAGAAGAGGAACCUUGCGAAGAUGCUGCUCGCUCUCAUCAGGGAUGAACCCACCCCGACACCGACAGCAAUACCGCCGCCAGCGGCUCCAUCCACACUGUCCGACGUGUCAACCAAAAUACCUCUGUUAAGAGACGACGACGAGAAAGUGACGCUGAAGAACGCGGUAGCAAAGCUACAGGAGUCUACCAAAGAGAGGCAGAUCGAGAGCGCGGUCUCCAAACUGAUGGAGGAAACGAGACAGGAGCAUUUGAAGGAGGAGGAAAGGAGGAACAGGGACAAAGAGAAGUUGGUGCCGCCGCCAACGCCGACGAUCCCGAAGCUGAAGCACAGGGUGAAGCUGUUGAAACUGCAGGAGCUCACGCGGCCCAUACCGAAGGAGAUAAAGGAGAAGCUGAUGCUGCAAGCCGUCGAGAGGAUACUGAGGGCCGAGCAGGACUGCUCAAUCGGGGGCGCGGCCCAAAUCCGCACCAAGUUCAUCACGAUCUUCGCUUCGAGCUACACGAGCGAGAUCCGGGACCUGGUGCUGAACUACAUCCUGGAGGAGCCGGUCAACAGGAUCGACCUGGCACUCUCCUGGCUGUACGAGGAGUACGCAAUAAUGCAGGGCUUCAAUCGGCAACCGGCCACGCCGAAGAACAUUCACGAGAAACACGGCCAGAACUACAACCAGCUCCUAUGCGCGCUCGUCACUCACAUCUGCGAGAGCGGCGAGCCCAAUAUAGAGAAUAAUAAGGACGUCCUGCUGCGGAAGGUCUACUUGGAGUCGCCGGUGGUGACCGAGGAGGCGGUGGACUACUUGAAGUACCUCGUCACGGAAGACAAGGUGGCGCUGCUGGCGCUGGACCUGCUGGAGGAGCUCUGCAUCAUGAGGCCGCCGAGGGCACAUAAAUAUGUGCCCUCCCUGGUCCUCCAUGUCUUGAACGAGAGCGAGGAGAUCCGCGAGGUGGCGCUGCGUGCAUGCGCCAGGGUCCACCGGCUGGCGACGGAAGCGGCCAAGCGCGUCAUGGAGAAGCACGCGCUGGUCCAGCUCGGCUUCAUGCAGCUGCCUUCGCCGCCGCCCGAGCUGGGCCAGGGCCCAGCGUGGACCGACCACGCGUACAAGCUCUGCCUCGGCCUGGUGAUGGCCCUGUUCCCGCAGAACGAAGAGCUGAUAGUGGAGGUGGCCCGCGUGUACGGCUGCUCGGGCGCGGAGGCGAAGCGCUGCGUGCUGCGCUGCACCGAGGGCCCGCUGCGGGCCGCCGCCGCGGCGCCCCUGCCGCCCCCUGCCCCCGACGGGGGCGGAGCGCCCCCCGCCGGCGCCCUCCGGCCCGCAUUCGUGGCGCUCCUCGACGAGUGCCCCAGGGGGGCGGAGACGCUGCUGACGCGUCUGGUCCACAUCCUCACGGAGAAAGCGCCCCCAAGCCCCGAGUUGGUGUCCAAGGUGCGCGAGUUGUACGCCACGCGGGUGUCCGACGUUCGAUUCCUGAUACCGGUGCUCAACGGGCUUAGCACCAGGGAGAUUCUCGCUGCGCUGCCGAAACUGAUCAAAUUGAAUCCAGCCGUCGUGAAAGAAGUGUUCAACAAACUCCUCGGACUGCAGAACCCUCAUGGAGAACAGCCACCAGUUUUUGUAAUUUUCUCUCCGGAAGAUCUACUAGUGAGCCUUCAUCUCAUAGACCCAAACAAAGCUGACCUCAAGUACAUUAUCAGGGCAACUGCCAUUUGCUUCGCCGAAAAGAACAUAUACACUCAAGAUGUGCUAUCGGCGGUGCUGCAGCGGCUCGCCGAGGAGUCGGAGAUCCCGGUGCUGAUGAUGCGCAGCGUCCUGCAGGCCCUCACCCUGCACCCGCAACUGGCGCCCCUGGCUCUGCACAUCCUCAGGCUGCUCAUCGACAAGGAGGUGUGGACGCACAAAGUGGCGUGGGAGGGAUGGGUGAAGUGCUGCGAGCGUGUGCAGGCCGGCGGUGGCAACAGUGGCAGCGGUGGCAAAAAUACCGGCAUCACCGCUUUGCUCCGCGAUCUGCCACAGCAUGUGCUGGCUUCUCUACCGCCGCAGCUCCGUCAACUCUGCUCGGAGUCUGACUAUCCUCAACCCGCUAACUUGUUGGAGCCCCUGCCCCCCGGGAUGGAA